AGUUCUCCCCGUGGCAGGCACACUGACCGCUCCGCACUGAGAGAUCAAUCGCAGCACAAGAUGCUCCGAUUCUGUUUCCUCCUGCUCGCUGGCCUCGCGGCUGCUCAGGCCAUUGAAAGGUGCCCUUUGCUCGCUUCAAAGAAUCCUUUUGAUCCCUCGAAGUUCGCUGGUCACUGGCACUUGCUGGGCUACAACCACCGCGCUGACCAUCCUGAGAUCGUUCGUUGCCAAAAGAUCGAUGUUGUGAGUGCCGAGGUCGACGGAAAGGUCACCGUCACCUACAACUACGAUUACAUCCAAAACGACAAGCCUACGAAGUCCCAGAUCAUCUCCCAGGCCUUCAGGCCCGGUUUCCCUGGACUCUUCCUCGGCUCCUGGAAGGGCGAGAACGUUCCCACCUGGUCAGAGCCCUACGUGACCUCGAUCUUGGCCACCGAUUAUGAAAACUACGCUAUCGUUGUGGCGUGCGCCCCUCAGUUCGACGCCGAGACCAAGACCUUCGGCAGAUCCUUGUACGCCCAGAUCCUUGGAAGAUCCACUUCCCUCAGCGAGGACACCUACAGUACCCUGAAGAACGUGCUCAGCGGUUACGACAUCAGCAUCGACCUCAUCAAGAACAUCGAUAACACCAACUGCUAAGUCCGAUGCCACGACUGAACAAUCCGAAAUGCAUUUCCUGAAAAUGUUUUACAUCAUAACUGAACAACCAGCAACUGAUAAGCAGUAAUGAUACAUGACAAUAAAAGAAUUUAAAAAGAA